AUGGUCCUGGCUGAAGAACAGUUUGUGAACAAAAGUGAUACAAGAAGUAUACCUGGAUAUCCCGUGCCUUUCUUUAGAUCAUUUUUAGAUGAUAAUAUUACGUACGAGUAUUUGAAUUUUAUCGAAUUACAUUUACAAUCAGAUGAUUAUAUCGCUACUCCGACAGUGGAUUCUAUCUCGAACAAAACCGGCGGUGAUCCCGAGCCAGGGAAAAGGUCACGUCGAAUAUACGCCCUCGCACAGCCGGUCCAGGAGAUUGCCAGUUAUUUUGAUAUUUCGCUGAUUCGAUUGAAUCGUAGAACUGGCAUUGCCUUGGAAUCGGCCAGCCGUUGCUUUUAACCCGAACGGCCGAGGAUUAGCGCGGGCAAAGGUAGGUAGAGAAGGAGAUAUCUCGCGCUGGUAAAACGAAAAAAAAAAAGAAGAAAAAAAGAAAGAGAGAAGAAAAGAAGAGAAGAUCCGUGAAUCCGUGUCCGGGUUUGUGUGUCGCGUCUCAAUGCACGGCUUGGUAA